AUGCCACACUCUGAGGAAGCAGAGUGGUGGGCCAAUGCAGUCUACUCGGCCGUCCAAGAGAUCCCCGCAGGCAAAGUGACAUCCUACGGCCACAUUGCACUGCUACUGGGUGAACCCCAACGACCUCGACAGGUUGGUGUCUGUCUGAAGGUUCUCGCACCGGCCGAAUCUGGUGCGCAUUUCAACUCUGAUACUGUGCCUUGGCAAAGAGUUAUUAACUCCAAAGGAAUGAUAUCGCACCGUGGACCCGGUAGCGCGCAGCGUCAAGCGGAAGGUCUUGAGGCAGAAGGCGUUGAGGUAACGACCGACAGCAUGGGCGACAUACACGUCGACCUGUCGCGAUACGGGUGGUUCCCCAGCCGCCUUCCGAGCGAGGGAGCGGACGAGGAAUGA